CGUCGUCUUCCCCCUUUAGGCUUCUCGUGCCAUCGCUCGAAACAAGACAAGACCUCGUGUCAGAAAAUAAAAUUUAAGCGCCAAAUUUAAGGAACACAUGCUCCUCUGACUGACAGCAUCAAUCUUCGAAUCGAUGUGUGGUGGUACGAGAACGCCUCCCAGCGACACAGACACCGGAUCGGAUUUAACAAGAAUCAGUCCUGCACGAAUUCAGUCCUGGACUAGGCCGCCCCCGCCCCCCUCCCUCUCCCUCUCAUCCCACCAGCCCCCAGGCCCCAGGCCCCAGUCCCCAGGCCAUAGCUCGCUUGACUUGCAGAGCCCAGCUCGAUGACUUGGGGGUCUAGCCCAGUUACACCCAGGCCAUGCACAACCCGAUAUCUAUCUCACUGCACAUGCGCAGCUGGCUGGCUGGCAGGCAGUGCUUCGUUCAGCUGAAGGUGCGUCUCGUGGACUCUCUCUCGUCUUGACCCCGUGACCUCGUGACCUCGUGCAAGGCUAGCCAGAGGCCCAGCACCUUCUUCUCACGACAGCGGAACGCGACGAGUCUGACAAAUCAUACAACAGCCAACCCGACCGACCUCGGGACCUCGGGACCAAGGCUUCCGUUUCUCUCGAUGUCGUCUCCAUGCCCUCUAGCUCUUCAUGCGAGGAUCACGAGCGAAUUCAGCUCUGGUGUUUCAGAAUUCCAAUUUCGACGGCCCUGUCACGGAUGCCACUGCGAGGAUCACUUCUGCCUUUUGGCUCGCUGGUGCCUCUUAGUUCUCAUCCGAGUGACUAUCAUGAAGCACGAGAAUGUUUUUUUCCGUUACGCUUUGCUCCCGUUUGGCAACUCCCACUCACUCUCUCGCUUUUCAGGACCUAAGGGCAUCUAUAUAUGUGACUAAUCUAUGGCUCGGGCCUUGAUCAAUCAUGAUCAUCAAUCAUCCUUUGUUUCGUCGAGAUAUGGCUCGCCUGAAUGGAUGUUGCGAGAACCCUUUAUUCUCACCGCCUUCCGUAGAGAGGGCCUUUUCUAAGCGCUAUCACGGUUCGGUUUCUGUCGAUCGAAUUUGUGUAUUUCCCUUUUUUUUAUAUUGCCAAGAUCUGCUUGUUGUAAUUCACGAUCGCCGUCUGUGCAUGGCAUUCUGCUCAGCGUUACAACUUGCAAGUAUUUUCGACACCCUCAAUUCACAACUUAUAAUGGCCUCCUGUUUUGUGUUUUCAAGCUUCUCACUUACAUCAUAUGUUUCCUUCCUGGCCAGAUCCAGAGAAAGGGUCUCUUUCAACAAUAGAGUCGCUGGAGAACAGAAACAUGGGAUUCGUUCAUAGAAAUUCAUUAAAUUCAUUAAAUGUGAUUAUGUUUUAUAUAUAUUAAAAAAAAC